AUGUGUGAUGAGUGUAUGGACGGCUUCUUCGACUAUACUGCAACUGGUUGUCAAAAGUGUGACUGUGAGGCAGAUGGUGCUAUGACCUGUAAUCCAUUUACUGGGGUGUGUCAGUGUCUGGAGGGUGUCACUGGUGAAAGGUGUGAUAGAUGCCUUCCACGCUGGAUCCUCGUACCUAAUGAGGGAUGCCGUCCCUGUGACAAUUGUGUGCACAUUUUGCUGGAUGACUUGGAAUUCAUGGAUAGAAAUCUAACCAGCUUGACCGGUAACCUGGCAACAGUCUCUGUUGGAGUGACAGCCAUGAAGCGUCUGCAAGCCAUCAACGAUUCAGUCGCCAUUAAUGGACCUAAGAUCGACAAAAUGAAAGCAGAACUGGCAGAUGACACCGUGGCAAUGGUCAGUAUUUGUGAAUCUUUUGGUUCAUGUAAGAAGUCAAAGUCCAAUACACAGAUAGUGUCUGCUGGCCUGGUAAAGGAGGAAGCUGAACAAUUCCUCACCAAAGCCCUUGACCUUGAACAGAACAGUGAAGAUUUUCAAAUGUAUAAAGACAUCAAAGUGGAAAUGGCUGACAAAGUCUUAAAGACUUAG